CUCGCAGAGCAGCUGGGAGCGUUUGGUCACGUGACAAGAGAGAUGCUACAGAGCAGCCAUCAUCAUUCCACCCAAUUCAUGUGCAGCCUGAAAUGGUCAAAGGUCAACAAACAAGCCAGGGCUUAAGUUCAGGUGGGCCCGGUCUAAAUUGGGUCUUACAAUAGAGAGAAGUGUUUCCUUGGCUCAGCAAAACCAGCGAGCUUUUCCUCCUGCAUCUUAAUAAGCUGCUAACCAAACCAGGGGCCCAGGAACCCCAACCAGGCCAGCCCAGGAUCCUAGCCCAAAUAUAUCCCUCCACAAGCCACCUAUUGUACUACUAAUGGGUAGGCUCUGAACACCUGGUGUGACCAUUGCUGUCUGCAGCUCGUGACAAGAGGAAGCAACAAACCUGCUGCUUGGGUUGCAGGAGCACAGUGGAUGAGAGGUUCUGAGGUGGAUUUCUCCCCCCAUUAAGUCUUUGAGGAGGAGGAAGAGGGGGGGGGGAGGAGGAGGAGGAGGUGGAAGAGGGAAUUGCUAUAACCACCCAGAGCAUGGGGCAAAAAGUCCCAGGUGGCAUUAAAACCAUUGAUAUGCGGGAUCCAGCAUUCAGCCCCCUGAAGCUGGAGCUACAGGCCCUGAGUCACACCAAGCCGUCCCGACUAGAUCUGCUGCUGGACAUGCCACCUGCCAGCGUAGACGUCCAGGUCCAGCACUCGUGGAACAACGAUGACCGCUCCCUGAACAUCUUCGUCAAGGACGACAACAAGCUGGUGUUUCACAGGCAUCCCGUGGCGCAGAGCACGGAUGCCAUCAGGGGUCGCGUUGGCUAUACAAGGGGACUGCAUGUGUGGGAGAUCAGCUGGGCUAUGCGCCAGAGGGGCACGCACGCUGUGGUCGGAGUGGCUUCGAGUGACGCCCCGCUACACUCUGUGGGCUACACAGCUUUGGUGGGAAGCAACGCCGAGUCCUGGGGCUGGGACCUGUGCAGGAGUAAACUCUACCACGACUGCAAGAAUCACCCAGGAAAAACCUACCCGGCCUUUCUCGAGCCAGACGACACCUUCAUAAUACCAGACUCUCUUUUAAUAGUGUUGGACAUGGAUGAGGGGACUCUGGGUUACAUAGUGGAUGGACAUUAUCUAGGGGUUGCAUUCAGAGGACUUAAGGGCAGGAAACUGUACCCUGUGGUGAGUGCCGUGUGGGGACACUGUGAAAUAAGAAUCCGGUACAUAAAUGGACUUGAUCCUGAACCCCUUUCUCUGAUGGACCUGUGUAGACGCUCGGUGAGGGUGGCAUUAGGAAGAGAUCGUCUGGGUGAGAUCCAUAGACUUCCCCUGCCGGCGUCUCUCAAGAACUACCUGCUCUACCAAUGACGCUGACGACCCCGCCGGUAACGACACACUCGGCACACCCUCGUCUCUUUCUCGUGUUUCUCUGGGAUUCCUCUUGGGUUGAACCCGUUUGACAACAUUGCUCAAGCCUCCUGGACUGACUCAGCCUUUAACAAGUAUGCUUCUGUGACAGUUGGCGGAGACCUUUUUUGAGUUUCUUAUCCUGUUUUUAUGACUCUUUGCAAAUGUAUUCUCAAACUUUAUAAAAUCAGGAAUCACUGAGCGCUAUGCACAUGCUGAUCCAGACGAUGCCCUGACGGUCAACAUGUUGGUGUACCUCCUCCAGUUUGUAGGUUAAUGUGGCAUUUGUGGUCGGUAUCUCUGCUGUGACUUUGCUAUUAGGAAUUUCUAUCUCGUAGCCUUUUUAAAUUGAUGUGUUAUUGAUUGUGCAAAAACUAAAUUGUGUGAUGGAAAGUUAACUGAGUUGGUGCACAAAGCACUGCCAGCAUCUGACCACAAGGUGGCAGCACACAUUUCUGUACAGACUCAAAUGAUAUUAUAGUUUUUAGAAAUCAUGGUUUUUAAAUGAAUACUUAUUAAAUUGUGGUUAACAGAACAUAUAAGAGAUGCUGACCACACCCCAUCGUGAGUCUGGAGUGCAGAUGAAUGCACUGAGGCAGCUGUAGAGCAGCUCAAACCUCUCACUGUACUCACUGCGAUUCAUGGAAGUUUGCCCCAUUGCGUACCAUCAAGGCAUCCGACAGGAAAGUCAACAGCGAAAUUUUAACGUAUGGUUAAUGUCACUGUGAUUAUUUGUAGCAUGCAUCUGCAGGAAAUCUUUCUAAAUACAAUCACGUCUUUUAAAAAAAAUAUUUUCUGUCACUCCUGCUUUUUGUAGUGCAAUAGUUUUCAACCGCAUGCGGUCAGGGCCCAAGAGUGCUGUGUUUUCUUGUGUUUUUUCUUUUUUAUUCAACCAGUCUUACCAUCAGCUGAUUUCACUGGUUUGCACAUAUUCAGCCAGAGAAUGGAAACUAACCAAUAAAAUAUCCACAGAAGUGGUUCUUUGUGAUGAAAACCUGCUACUCUUGGGUCUCACUGGCACAUAGCUGAGAACUAUGGAUGUAGUGUUUGUGUUAUUACAUGUAAAGGGCAAAAACUAUGUAGGUGGACGGCGUUAUUCCUGAAUCCACAAACUUCAGAUUUAGGGCACCAUAACCGAAAAAGACAAUCUACAAAGUGCUGCACAAUGUAAUAAAAGAUCAGAUUGCCAAUAUAUUGUCAAAUGCCAUAUCAUAGACCUGUUAACUAGUAUUUUUAAAUGUGCAGAUGUUGUCCGUAUUCAGCGCUCAGCUGGAUGUGGACACACUGUGCCCGAUUCUGUUUUCCUUGAUUGCGUCUUCCAUUUUAUUUGUAUUCCUUGUUGUAGAUUUGUUUGUAUCUAUUAAAGUUUAUUUCAAAGUAUA